CCAGCCACCGUCUUCAGUAAGAAGAUCGGACAUUCCUUCGAGAUGUCCAACUCUCUGUGCUCACUUCUUUUGGGUAGAAACUAUAACGCGUACAACGUUUACGGCUUCGCUACCAAAGACGUGACGGAAAGGAUCAUGUGUCGCGUCGAAUGCCCGGAAGAAUUCGUGGAACAAGAAGAAAAAGUAGAGGAGAAGGUCGAGGAAGCAAUCAUCAGCAAAUACGCGCUGAAGCCACCGCGCGAUCUACGCAGCAAAUUCUUGCUGGCUAUGGAGCAGAAGGAAAUAGAGAAGGCUAAAAAGAAAAUAGAGAAGCAGAAGGAAAUAGAGAGGCUUAAGCAGAUCGAACUGGAUAAGCCACCGUUUGAUGAGUUAUACGGUAGGAGAAUUCACUGCUGGGUACUUAUGCUGCCUCACGAUCGCGACAAGGAUAAGGAGGAUGUCCAGCCGUUCUUCAUCGAACCUUCCACCGGUAUGCGGCACGAGGUCAAUUCAGCACUCUACUGCAGCAUCCAGAGCGUGUGGAACAAUGUUAAUUAUUGGGUAAACCUUCAAGAUGAUUCUUUGGGCGUUGGAGGUUUAGACUAUAACUUGAGCAAUUUGGAGAAAUGGGAACAUCUGUUGGCUGGUGAACCCAUCGAGGGUAGAAGACAUGGCAAACAUGUGCAAAUGGAUGAGGACGAUUUAGCGCAGAUUAAAGAGUUCAAUGAGACAAUGGAUGAGAAGCAUUUAGACAUGCCGGAACCGUGGAGUUUGCGAAUCACAGUUUCACAUCACGAUGAGGUGACUAGGUUUCCUAAUGGUAAAAAGCGCACUCAGUAUAAGCGCACUAUAGUAGAAGAAUAUUCAGCAUACGUACAAGAAGAUGGCUUGGUCAUCAGGAUUUUUCGUUACACUGAUUUAGAAUGCACAGAUCUGAUUACCAUCGAAGAACGUUAUGAAAAUAGAAACGACAAGAUGAUUAAAAGAAUUGAAAUAUAUGCAACUCAAUUGAUAACUGAAUACUUCGAUCGAGGAAGAGAGGAUAAUGCUAAAAGCAAUUAUAAAUAUGAUAAUUUAAUCGAGUCAUGGCGGAAAAUAGAGUUUUACUAUCAAAGUCGAUUUGAUUGCUUGGAAAAGAUAGACCACGAUACACUUUGUUUGGUUGAAAAAUACAUCAAUAGAGCAGAUAAAUUUUAUUAUCGACAAGUGCAGUAUGCGAAACGAGGUGAACCUCCUCCAGGGUUUUUGGAAGGUCCUAGAAGAAUUAUCAUGAAUGUUAUCGAACGGUUCGAUCGGGAUGAGAAGAAGAAAGCGUCAGAUGACAUCUCUCAAAGAGAAUUUGAUUUUAUUGGACGACAGAUGCACUUAAAGUUCCACUAUGACCGCGGCAAGAUUACCGCCAGUACAAGAACUUUCCUAAAGCCUCCACUGACGGACAUGGUGGAUGGUGUAAGCUUCAAGCCAGAACUUACCUACGGUUACCAAGCGGAAAUUGGAGCCAAACCACCAAAACACUCAAAUCUUUACAGUUUACUUGAGCAUCAGUGUAAAGAAGAGGAAGAAAGCCAACUUAAAAUCCGAUACGUCGAGGAUCAGAUCUCUGAGUUUCUUCGUUUACGAGCGUUCGAACUGAUGAGUCCUAAGUUAGACGUGGGUUUGUUUAAUCGUGAACAGAACGAAGAGCAUCGUAAAGGUAUGAUCGAGAAGGAGAUAUUUGAGAAGACUAAGAAAGAGAGGGAAAUUGAAGAGGAUAUGGAUUUCCUGCAACCCUACUUAAUUCGCAUCAAUAAACUAGAUAAAUUAACGUUCAAACAAGCCGUUCGUGUUAAAGAGGCUUGUAUUAAAGAAUAUCGAGAUCUUUUGGUUGCUAGACAAAACGAUUUGCAAUCCCAAAUCCAUAAGCAAAUGGCAUGGCUGAAAAGUAAACAUGAAUGGUACAACUUGGAAUUAGAGAACUUGGUAUUCGAGGAGGAACAGGAAUAUUUCAGAGAGAUGAACGAAGGCAAAUUCUUUCUGCACACCUUGUUUAUAAGGCUUCUGCGACAUAGAGACUUAGUUCCAAUGAAAUAUCAGCUUUUGGUGGAUUACCUGGAAGACCAUCCGAAGUUGGGUAUUUUAAAGAGAAGAAAACCUUCGCCUUCCAAAGCUUAG